CUGAUAACUGAUUUAGGAAAUAUUAAAAGAAGGUUGUAUUUAUCAACAGUCCACAAGGAGUUGUCUGUAACCCCUCUGCAUGCAAAAAUUCCUCUUUUUAUGAUCAAGCGCAAAAUAUGGUGCAAUAUGUGUAUUGACUUGGUAGCAUUCACCAGUGAAAUAUUCAGAGGAGCUGUCUUCCAGUCUUUGGAUGGAAUUAUUAUUUCAGCUAACUGUAAACUAAGAAAGAUCUUCACUUUAAAAUCCAAGCCUCAAGAUACAGCUGAGGAAGAUGAUGUAUGUGUAGUACCAUUUGCACCUGAUAAGCCCUCAGCUGUUAUUCCUCGAAACUGCCAAUUAAAUACAGAUGUGCCUCAAGUUACACAGUUGUUGAACUUGACUAAAAUUCACAAGCCAGAAAUAAAAUGCAGGAGCCGUGCCUCAACAAUGCAAGAAACAGGUCGCUCAAUUAGUAGAAGACAAGGUAAUAUACGGAGCAAUAGAACUCAGGAUGUGUCACAUAUUGCAUUUGGAUCAAAGAUCCUUGGGCCACCCCCACCUUCAAGCAGAAGAGUCAGCAUGAGGGUAUCUGGAGAGGUAACAAAGACUGUGGGGAGCCAAACUAAUAGAUCGUGCCAACUUCAAAGUUUAGAAGAGGGAACUGAAGUCCUACAAGAUGUUGAGAGGUCAGAACUAUCAUUCUCACUGUGCAAUGAAUCUCUAGAUCAAGGAGGCAAAGGAAAUACUUACCAAACUGAAGAUGUACAUCAAAAUGACUGGGCAAACCAGACCCAGAAAACUUCUGACAGUGGAACAGCAGAUCUUCAGCUCCCUCCACCAGAAGCACCAUCGACAGACAGGAACAGUCGUAGAAGAUUAUGUCUAAAAAAUGCUGCCAAAACCACAUGGGAGAUAACCAAUGAUGAAUGGGUGUUUCCAGAAAUUGUCAGUGAGACUUUUCAUUUGGACAAGGGUGGGCAGUUUGUAACUACUCAAGAUUCAGCCUGCCCUAAUUUAGUCUCACCACAGAAUGCCACUGAAGGCAAUGAAACAGGUGAUGACCAAGUGACUCAUAAAGACGUUUUCACAUUUUCAUCAAGACCUCGGUCAGCUUGUCAUGGAAAGUCUCCAGAUAUGUCACCAGAAGGUUGCAUUUUCCCUUUGGAUUUGAAUCAAGAUGGUAAUUUGGCUCUAGGGGAAACCCAAAGUGAAGAUAACUUUCAAGGAACUGACAGCAGUGAAGAGGGUGACAACAGUGAAUUCAUCCAGGGUGCUGAGUACCUUGAGACCAGCCACAGCAGGCAAGGAGCAUCUGAUUCAGCAGUUUUUAAAGAGAUCCCAUUAAAGAGAAUGUCAUGGAAAAAUGAAUGCUGGAAGAAUAAGGGACACAGCAAAUACAACCUCAAGGAAACUGUAUUGGCAAAACCACAGUGUUCUGCUAUGAAAAAAACAGAUUCUGCUAACUCUCAGAGAGGCUUAAUGCCUACCCUUUGUCUUUCUCCAACUGGAAGUAAAUCAGAAUUCUUUAGAGUAAUUCCAAGUGCAUCAGAAAAACCUGACAGAUCUGAAGGAGUGUUUGGUCAGUUGCAAACAUCAGUCAAUAAAAAGUCUAUGAAGAAAAUCUCUAGAGAAAAUUCUUGUAUGACAACAGAGACUUGUGAGUAUAACUGGAAGAACUACCAGUCGAAUAGACUAAGUGCAUCUGAACUACAGAUGUUGGCGAGCAUGACGAGACAACAAAAUGAAGAAUUAGGGGAUACUGGGAUCUCACAUGGGCUGAGCGCGUCACAGAUGGAUGACUGCAAUGUUAGCAUAAGCACAAGCAGUGAUGAUACAGCAACCUGGAACUCUUCUUUCCCACCACCUGUCAGUCAAGAACAUCACUAUCAGAAAGAAAUGAGCCCACUUUCUCAUUCCAACCCACGAGACUGGUUGAAUGUGUUCAGUCCCCCCAUCGUUCCUGCAAGCCAACAGCUAGAAGAACACACUGAAUCGUCAACAAAUCAGAGUAUUCCAGGUGAAGAUGACUUCAAUGCUGAAGAAGAUGAGGAAGUCUUGACUCUUUUGUAUGAUCCAUGUCUGAACUGCUACUUUGAUCCAAGCACUGGGAAGUACUAUGAAUUGGCAUAGCCAGAUUAUGAGAGGAUAUUACUUUGUAUUCACAUAGGUUUGUCUUUUAACUGUUUGUAAAGUGUGGCUGAGCUAUAUAAUUUAUCAUGUAACUUAAAACUUGAAUUAACCAAUAGUUUUGUAAACAAAUGAAUAUAGUUUUUAAAUAGCGUGUCCUAUUUUUAUAGUUUUGUAUUAAGUUGUAGUGCAGUGGAAAAUCACAUAACAUAGAAGUUCCUUGUGGCUAAGACGUUUAUUUGUUUGUCUAAUUUAUUCCCAGUAUUCGAAGGUUCUGUGUGGGAGGAAAUUAAGUUGAAGAGCUUUUGCAGUGUUCAUCUGUAAAUGAUGGCUUGACUCAAACCUGUUUUUUUCAUUACUUGCUUCCUGUAUGUUUUUAAUUGGUUCCAAGCUAUCUUAUCCUUGGUACUCUAAGAUGUACAACCUGUUGUUUAAAGGCCUUUAUUCCAUGAGCUCUCUCUCUGCCUUUAGUCAUCAGAAAAAGCAACAUUUUCCUCAUCUUCAAGUAAUUCCCUUCUAUUACAUACUGCAGGAAUGGGAUAUUGUCAAAGCUGUGUGUUGUGGUGUACGGUGUACAAUGCAGUGCACUUCAAGUGAUGUGCAUGGGCAAUCUGUGAAUGCAAACCGCAUCGGGGUAAAUAUGACAGACCUGAGUAUACCCACAGCUCUCAUUUUACUGAUGUAAUUUAAUAUGGGACUGAAGAGGAUCUGUAAGUGAUUGCUUCAGCACUCCAAUUUGAGCCUCGUAUACAUUUGCAGUAAGGUAAGAAGACGUGUAUAUGAUUCAUAUACGAAGUUGUGCUCAGAGUAUUAUUCUCCUAUGUUUGUAUUAUUUAUUCUGUUAAGCGUCUUAA